CCGAGGUGCCUGCAGCUCCGUCCGCGGCCGCCAGAGGGGAGCAGAGACCGGCGGCGGCGGCGGCCUGAAGGGAAGCCCCUCAGUCACGGUCACACAGCGGCCCGCCGCGGUCGGGAACGGUGGCGGCCGAAAAAGGCGAACCUUUCCCGGUCAGGGGGAGAGGAGAACCCUGAGGGCGGCUCUUCCCCCUCCCCCCGGCGAAGUUGGUCUGUCCCGGUCACCCCCCCCCCCCCCGGGCGGCGUUGGUCUGUCCCGGUUUCCCCCCCCCCCCCCCCCCCCCCCCCACCCCGGGGCGGAGUUGGUCGGUCCCGUCGCCCUGGUGAACCGGUUGCCCGGAUGCGGCGCGUGCGGUUUGUGGUUCCCGGAUGCGGCGGUGAGCGGGACCGGAGGAGGAGGAGGAGGUGAGUGAGGGCAGAAUGUGGACUCGAUUCAAAGGCACCCCUGCUUCCAGCCCGUUAAUAGCUUGAUUCAGUGCACUCCUCCAGAAGGCAUCAUCCUUAUUGGUCCCACUGCUUUGUUUGCUGCAGUAUUUUCAGUCAUUGGAUAUACCAAAAAAAAGUGGCACACUUCCUUCUGAAAGGACGACAUUCAUCUCAGACAUGUUCAGCAAGAAGAAGAAGCGGGUAGAGAUCUCAGCACCUGUGAAUUUCGAGCACCGUGUUCACACCGGCUUUGAUCAGCAGGAACAGAAGUUUACCGGGCUUCCAAGGCAAUGGCAGAGCCUCCUUGAGGACACAGCCAAACGGCCCAAGCCGCUGGUGGACCCAUCGUACAUCACACCCAUUCAGCUUGCUCCGCGUAAGGCCAUUGUUAGAGGAAGCAAAAUUGGAAUCGAUGGCUCACUGAACUGGCUUCUGGAUGAAUUUGAGAAUGUUUCUGUUACUCGUUCCAACUCCCUGCGGAGAGGGAGCCCGCCUUCCCUGCUCCAUCGGGACCAGGUGCAGGAUGGUGUGCACAAGAACGGUAUGCACGACAGCCACACUAAGAGCACCUACCCAUCUGAGUUAGACAGAUACCACCACAAGGCAAGAACUGAGGGGGGAAAGCAGGAGUCCAGGGAUGAGCGUGACCAGGGGAGGGAUGACAGGCACAGGAACCGAAACGCUGAACGGGACGAUGGCCGUGCUCACCCACAGCAGCCGAGGGGGCAGGAGCCGAGCAGGACUGGGGCGAACCGGCCCAACCACCGUGACAAGGAGUCCCGUCCCGAUCACCACAGGAGCAAAUUGCACGAGAAGGUGGAUGGCAGGAGGGACCACCCAAGUGACCGGGAGGGGAACCACAUUGGCUUCAAUGAGCCUGCCAGUUCGCAGGAGCGCUCAGCGAGGCGAGAGAAGAACGAGGGCACAGACAAGAGGCCGAAAUCCACAUACACCGGCGAGAUCAGCCCGCAGUCACCAAGGGACAAGCGGCCUCUCUCUGGCCCAAAUAUCCGUUCUCCAAAUGUUCCUGAUGCUGAUGGAGCAUUGAAGAGCCUGCAUCAGUCUGGGAGACCCUUCAAUACUUACCCGAUGGCUGAUGCCGGAGCAAACAGAGGCACCAACAGCCAGGUUGACCUUCGGGUGGGAGUACCUCACGACGUCAGGCACAAUGGAUCCAAUGCUACAAAGAGCAGCGUGAAUAAACCAGAGCAGGGUCACUUCAAACCAGCCCACGCUGAGCCAGCUCAUGCGGGCUUGGCCCCUCAUGCCUCUGACACGCACCUGGCGCGUGGUCUGCAGCCCAGCUCUCUGGCUUCAUACCCAGCACAGCCCCCAGCCCCAGACUCUAGGUCACCCCAGCGUGAGCCACAGCGAGUGUCUCAUGAGCAGUUCAGAGCAGCCCUGCAGAUGGUGGUGGAUCCGGGUGACCCAAGGACGUACCUGGACAAUUUCAUUAAGAUCGGUGAAGGCUCAACUGGCAUUGUCUGCAUCGCCACUGUGAAGAGCUCAGGAAAGCUGGUCGCUGUGAAGAAAAUGGACCUGCGGAAGCAGCAGAGGAGGGAACUGCUGUUCAAUGAGGUUGUGAUAAUGCGAGACUACCACCAUGAAAAUGUGGUGGAGAUGUACAACAGCUAUCUAGUGGAUGAUGAGCUAUGGGUGGUGAUGGAAUUCCUGGAAGGAGGAGCACUGACUGACAUCGUAACACAUACCAGGAUGAACGAAGAACAGAUAGCUACAGUCUGCUUAUCUGUGCUAAAGGGUUUGGCAGUCCUCCAUGCACAAGGGGUGAUUCACAGAGACAUCAAGAGCGACUCCAUUCUCUUAACCCAUGACGGAAGGGUGAAGCUUUCAGACUUUGGGUUCUGUGCCCAGGUAUCAAAGGACGUCCCAAGGCGCAAGUCUCUGGUGGGCACGCCUUACUGGAUGGCGCCAGAGCUGAUCUCCCGGUUGCCAUAUGGACCAGAGGUGGAUAUCUGGUCUCUGGGUAUAAUGGUAAUAGAGAUGGUUGAUGGGGAGCCCCCUUACUUCAAUGAACCUCCACUGAAGGCCAUGAAAAUGAUACGGGAUAAUCUGCCCCCCAAACUGAAAAAUGGUCAGAAGGUUUCUCCCCUACUGAAGGGGUUCCUGGACCGGCUGCUAGUGCGGGACCCCUCGCAAAGGGCGAUGGCGACGGAGUUACUGAAGCACCCCUUCCUGAGCAAGGCGGGGCACCCAUCCUGCAUUGUACUACUGAUGCGAACAAAUCGGAUAAAAUGAGCGAGCUGUUUGUGAGUUGCGUAGCCCAGCUGGGAGAGAAGAAAAUCUGUGAUGUUUAAAACUAGGAAGCUUAUAUCUCAUAAAUAAAACAUUUGGCAUUUACGAGAGCAGGGUAAUUUCCUGUGUGACCGGUGAGCCUGAGAGAUAUCUUCCAUCCAUGGUGACUUGCCUUAGCAACCUGUUUCAACUGGAUCUUCUGACUGAACUUUGACACUACUGUUUCUAAGGGGGCAGAACCACAAAGGAGAAAUAUAAAUACUACUGAACACUGAGACUUUCUUUUUUGAUUUGUAAAAUGUAACUUAAAGACUGUUAAAAGUUGAGUAAUGUAGUUUAUACACAGAACAGCAAAGAGGAACUACACUGGAAUUUUAUAUAAAUAUAAAAAAAGCGUGUGUGUAUAUUUCACUACUAAAUCAAGAUUUGAUUUCUAAACACUGUUAGAUGUCACAGUCUGAAGCAUGCAUCCAGGGAGAGGGGAGGAUACCUGACCUUUGCAAAGAAUGCUGGGAUAUUGGCAGACUGAGAAUGAGCCCAUGUUCAGUGCCUUUUGCAUCACUUUGGACCUCACGGUGUGCAUGUUUAGUUUGCUGGUAGAUCAGUCUCUUCCCCUUAAAAAAAAGUGUGUAAAGUGUGCAAGUUUUUUGCUAGUUUGUGUAGACUAGUUUAGAGUUCAGUCGGUUUCACAUGAUGUUCAUUACCAGCCUCUGCAUUGUAAGUACUCGUGUCCCAAAACCAAGUCAAGUGUGAAUUAUGUGGGAGAUGAACUUGUGUGUUCAACAACAUUUUGGGUACUCCAUCAUCUUCAUUGUGAAUGACAAUGUGUUGAAGGCAGGUGGGUGCAGGGCAAGUGUAUGUCUGGGCUCUGACAGUGAGUUAAUUUCACAGUGAUGUAAAUUUAAUCAGAAAACUGAGUAUUUUAAAGAGCUGAGAAAACAGAAUUAAUGAUUAAACCACAGCAACUUCUCCCAAUAGAAACAGGCGAAUUUUUCCAGGAAAAUACAGUGAGUAGGGGAAUAGUUACAUAAAAAUGUGCAUGAAAUCACUUUCAGUCACUUAGUGGUGUGAUCACUUGUCUUGAAAGGGAAAUUAUCCAUUUAGCUGCUUAAUCUAGGAAGACUGUAGCUGUAACCAACAUGGACGAGGCAUGGAGGGACCCAUGCUGACUGAUACCACUGUGACAUAAGGUUGCCUACUCUGGGGUUGGAUGCACAUGUCCAGGAUGUGCCAGUGCCUGAAUAUUCUGGUUCUUGGUUUAGGCAAACUGUUUCAUCUUUUUUAAAAAUGUUGUAAAAUUCAGAAUAAUGGUAGUUAGAAAGGAGUUGCUGAUGCACUUUUUGUAUGCAGGUCAACAGGAUUCACUGAGGAAAAGUGUUUUCUUGUAGUGCUAGUUACUUGGCAUAUUGAUCCAUUCUUAGCACCUGAGUAGAGGGUGUGAUGCCAAACUCAAAGGCUUUGUACAUUCAGAGAGAGCAGCAAAUAUCAGUGUAAAUCCACAAGAUCCUCACAGUUUGUAAUAUCUUGCUGUCAAAGUAACUUUCUCCCAUUUAAAAAAAAAAAUCCUUGAAGACCAUAGUUAUUUCAACUAACACAUCUCCCUUCCUGACAGGUACUUUUGGUGUUAAGAUUAAUGUGAAAGGGGAUCAUUUUAACAACUGACGUGAUGUGGAUGGUUUAUGUCCAGUGUGAAUUGUUGGUAGGUGAUGCUGCAGAGGAUUGAAUGAGCAGUUGGUGCAGGAGAACCACUCCAGUGACCACUGUCCAACAAUGACCACAAAAGGUACUCCCCUCUAUUCCCGGAGCUGAGGUUGAGAACAAGCCAGACCGACUCCCACAUCUGAACUGUUCCACCAAGCGCUAGCCCUGAACUUCCUCAGCUUUUGUGUGGUAAAAUAAACUACAAGUUAAGCAAGUCAUAGAACCUCUGAAGUCUGGUGCAUGCCCAAUGUAGAAGUCACAAGUGAAGUAGGAAAGUUGUCUGAAGGUCAAUAUCCCAACAGCUCAUUGCACAGAUUUGUCCUUGAAGUUGUGUUUGAGCCAGUUUCCAGCAUGCAGCUUCAUCAGAACGGAUAGAUGAAGUGACUACUGAAUGACUUUGCCUGGGUUUGUUUAAGGAUAUUUAUAUUGUAAUUUUUUUGUAACACUACAGUAUUUUUUUUGAGAAUGCUGCAACUUAUUUUCUUGAGUAGCUACUUUACAACAAGAUUUACUGUUUUACUGUUUUAAAGUGUUUUUCAUUGUGCCAAGAGGGUGAAUUUAAUGAGGUUUUUAAAUUUUCUAAUUACAGAUUUGAAAACCAUUUUACACACAGUUGACUGGCUUUAUAUUCCAUGUUCUUUGUGUGUGUGUGUGUGUGCGUCCAUGUGCGAAAGUCUGAAAGUGUGUGUGUGUGUUUACAUGUGUGUCCUGCUCAUGCUGAAUGAUUAAGUUCCAAUGAAAUGAAACCAAUCUUGCUGCUUGUCCCUCUCAGUGCUGUCACCUCUUAUUGACUCUGGUUGUACUGUGUUCUUCAAGUUCAGCAGUGAGUUAGUUCCUCCCUGGUUCCAUGUUGUGACUGCCCUGCUAGGGUAAUAUUGAGGAAGACCUGAUCUGCCCAGUGGGCUGGUAAGCAAAAGUGAAGUCUACCUGUUAAGAAUGUUUAA